GGGAAGAUUGGACGAUGAUGAUGAUGGGGUAGGAUCGGAUAGCAGAAAGCAUGAACCAACAAAUUUUGAGACUCCUCCUUCCCCCGCCCCCCGCAAACUUUCACAAAAAGGCUCAGAUGCAUCUGAGGUAGAGACAGAAUCGAGACAGGGACAGAGGCAGUGCACAGAGAGAGAGAGAGAGACAGAGACAGAGGGGUUCUCAGCCAGCGACAUGCUCACCUGUGGGAAAGGGAUCCUGCUGAUCAUCAGCAUCAGUCAAUUCCGCAUGUACUCGACUGCCUGGGGCUACAUGAAGGCAUUGGACUAUGCAACGGUUUUGCAGUCUCUGGAGGAUAGAGUAGCUGCCCUGGAAAGUCACGAACAUGAUGAAGCUCAUGACCACCAUGCUGCUCUCUUCUCUGUGUCCUACUCGGAGGGCAACAGCAUCAAUACACCAGAUGCUGUCUUCGUAUUCGACCAGGUCUCUCUGAACAGAGAGGAGGGCUACAACAGCACCACGGGGAUAUUCACCUGCCCCAUUGCUGGUGUCUACUCCUUCGUCUACACCUCGCUGCCGGCACGGGGAGUGGAGACGGCCGUCACCCUCGUGCGGAACAACGUCAAGGCCAGCUCCAUCUACAGUGACCUCUCUCAGGGCAGCACGCAGUCUGCUGAGCGCACUGAGCUCGUUCUCCUCGCUGAGGGGGACGCCGUGUGGGUAAAGCUCGAGAAAGGGACCGUGCUGAGACAGCAAGCCUCCCUGAGCUUUCAGGGAUACCGGGUCUCCGAUUAAUCCACUCCCGCCCUGCCCUUGAGGCGUAACGCACGCACUCUCUCUUCCCCCACCGGCACCACCGUUCUGGUUUCUCUCCUCACUGUGACAAUCCCCUCCUGGCAUUUGGGCUUCACUCUCUCCCUCACUGAACAGGUCUGGCUGGCUCUCUCUGGUGGCAGAGUGCAGGUUCUGUGUGCACAAACAGUAAUGAAGUGGGACCAAGAACUUUAAUUUGCAUUUCACUCUGCUUCACGAAUAAAGGAAACUGCAUUGCA